ACAAUCACAAAACAUCUCCAGGACUGUAUCUGGCUAGCGAGUUCCUCCCAAGCCAAGCCACAUACUAACCCACUCAGAUGUUCAACCGGCAAUACCGUAAUCAUCAAAAGCGUCCACCACUUCCGCUUACACAACGAGCGAGACAUCCUCACCAGAUUCCAAGAUCGCACUGCAUUCCCCCGCCCCUUGCUCGAUGAGAUCAUCGAACCCAACGAUGCACCAGCCAUUGUGCUGAAAUAUCUUCAAGACCAUCUGCUGAAUGGAUCGUCAUCCCGAAAGCUCACCAAACCCGAAAUCAAAUACGUGGCCAAGCGCGUCCUUCAAGCAUUAGAUGUAUUACAUCGAGACGGAUUUGUACAUACCGAUAUCAAACCAGACAAUAUACUUGUAAACUACAGCUCCGGUGGUGAUGAAACCAUCCGCUUCACUGACAUCCAACUAGCAGACUGCGGGAAUACCGUCCCCGCAACAUCCGGUCACGCCAAGGACGGAGAUCUGAUAGGCGCACCGAUCUGGCGGAGUCCCGAGGCACAGCUCAGGAUUAGUUGGGGUACGCCGACGGAUAUAUGGUCAUUUGGUGCGAUGCUCAUUACUCUAAUCUACGGAGAGGAUUUCUUCAUAUUCAAGCCUGAUGUCCCGGCGGAUCACGAAGAAUAUGAAAUGAAGAUCCUGGCUAGACAGUGUCAGUUCUUUGGGCCGUUUCCGGUCUCGUAUCAAGAGAUUGCACCGGUCGCUACUUUGCAUGUUCUGAUGCAAGUGAUGAGGAGCCUAGGUGGGAAGCAACGGCCGUUUGCGCGGAUUUCGGAGGCAGAGGUGUCGAAAGAGGAUAAGGAGUUUAUCAUCAAGAUCAUGAAGCUUGAUCCGAGGGAGAGACCUUCGGCUCAGGAGUUGCUGGAUGAUGAAUGGUUUCAGUCUACGUAG